GACAUGUAAAACUGAUGGUGUCUUAUUCAAUAAAAUAAUUUUAUAAUUAAAUUAUAAACACGACAUGGCGCAGUCGGUUACCGUUUAAAACAUAAAUAAACAGGUGAGAAAUAUAUAAUUACAAUUUAUAAUGGAGGAAAAGGGCAAAACUGUCAAAGAGAAUAGACAGCAUGGAUCGAUAAAUCUACCAACAGAAUUGAGCUGGCAGGGCCCAAUGGCCGAAAAUUGGCGUUUGUUUCGACAAAAAUUCGAGAUUUAUCUAAUUGCAUCGGACAAUGAAGGUAAAAGCCCAAGAGUAAAGACAGCCUUGCUGUUAAAUGCAAUAGGCGAAAGAUGUAUAAAAAUAUAUAAUACGUUUGUUUUUGAAAAAGCGGAGCAUGGCAAUGAUAUAAAUAAAGUCACGCAAAAAUUCGAAGACCAUUUUAAUCCAGAAAAAAAUGAAACAUAUGAAAGGUAUAGAUUCUUUACAAGAAUGCAAAAAGAUGGCGAGUCUUACGAAGAUUUUGUGGUUGUGUUAAGAGACUUAAGCAGCACAUGCAAUUUUGGAGUUCUUACAGAAAGUUUAAUUAAAGAUAGAUUAGUUUGUGGAAUUACAGACACAACUGUAAAAGAUAGACUUUUACGUACAAAGGAUUUAACAUUAGAUAAAGCUAUUAACAUAUGUCGUAUAUCCCAAGAGACAAGAAUGCAGUUAGAGAAGAUAACAUUGGCACAUACUCCGGAUAAUGCACAUAGUAGCAAUAGUUCGGAUUACAACAUUAAUAAAUUUAAUGAAAAACAAAAUAAAUUGACAAAAUCUGGCUUUACUGGCCAGCUUGAAAAGAAAUAUAAAGAGAAUUUUAAUUAUGAUAAGAAAUUAUGUAAAAGAUGUGGCUAUAACCAUCCAAUGAGAAAAUGUCCAGCGUAUGGUAAACGUUGUGUCCGCUGUAAUGGUUACAACCAUUUUUCAAGUCAAUGUAGAAAUCAUUGUGUUCAUGAAAUUAUUAUUCAAAGUUUCCUGAAAUAGAUUUUUUAAGAUGUACUACAAGUGAAAGUAUCAUUGACAAA